CGCUUCAGCUUGCUAUGCUGCGUCACUUCCGGCGCGUGCGUCCGGCGUCGGUCCGCCGCGGGAUGGCGGCUCUGAGGAGUUGGGUGACCCGGAGCGUCACCUCUCUGUUCAGGUACGGGCAGCGUGUUCCUGUCCAGGCUAACUCCAAGAAACGCUGUUUCUCAGAAUUGAUAAAACCAUGGCACAAAACUAUGUUGACUGGAUUCGGUGUGACACUGUGUGCGGUUCCUAUUGCUCAGAAAUCAGAGCCUCAGUCUCUCAGCAACGAAGCCUUGAUGAGGAGGGCUGUGUCUUUGGUGACAGACAGCACCUCUACCUUUCUGUCGCAAACCACAUAUGCACUGAUUGAAGCAAUCACCGAGUAUACGAAGGCUGUUUACACGUUAGUGUCUCUGUAUCGACAAUAUACAAGUUUACUUGGGAAGAUGAAUUCCCAGGAGGAAGAUGAGGUGUGGCAGGUGAUUAUAGGAGCCAGAGUUGAGAUGACUUCCAAACAGCAGGAAUAUCUGAAGCUGGAGACCACCUGGAUGACAGCAGUCAGCCUUUCCGAGAUGGCUGCGGAGGCCGCCUAUCAGACUGGAGCAGAUCAAGCCUCCAUAACUGCCAGGAAUCACAUCCAGUUGGUGAAGUCACAGGUGCAGGAGGUGCGCCAGCUGUCCCAGAAAGCUGAGACCAAGCUGGCAGAGGCACAGACACAAGAGCUGCGCCAGAAAGCACAGGAGGCGAGUGACGAGGGGGCGGACCAUGAGGAGGAGGCCUACCUGCGUGAAGAUUGAGGCUGGAACCCAGCUCCCUGUCCAUCCACUCUGAGGAAAGCCGGUGGAUGAUCCACCUAAUGUCGCCCUGACUCUGCAGAGGCUGACAGGUUCUGCCAUUGACAAUCAGACCAGAGCCGCUGUGAGCUGUGCACGGCCCCUCUCUCUGCAGCCUCUGGUGUAGUUCUUAGCUCUAUUCAGAGAUGGACAGGCAGGCACGGAUCAGCACUGUACCUCAGCACAGCUCCUCUCUUGCUGAUCUUUUACCUCACACCCAAAGCAUUUUACCAACCUGGGCCAAUGGGGAGGGGCCUUUUCUGCCACACCCUUAAGUUCAAUAGCUGUUUAACUACAGUUUUUAAAGUUACUCAGAUGUUCAAGUGUGAUUUAGCACUUGCUCCUCCACAGGGAAGCGGGAGCUUGUCUGUAACAUUUCUGUGUUUAUGUCUUUUCCCUGUGAGCACAGUUCUGCUAAGGAGUUCCUCAGAGCCUGAACAGUUAGUUCACCUGGUGCUCCCCACGGGACCUUCUCUAACACAUGCUUCUUAUAUGUUCCUUCUUUGAAUUUCUCUGCUGUAUCCAAAGAAAGACAAGUUUGGUGUUUGCAUUAAAAGAGAGAUUAGUCUUCGG